UCCUUGCUGGGGUCGGGACUGCCCUCCCAGUAACACCAGUUUCCGCCCAGUAACGUGUUCCUGCAGGAUGGAGUGGGGGAGCUUGAGCGUACUGGUCAUACUGGGAGUUCUGCCCCCAGUAAGAGGGAAUCCUCUGCCCCCUGAUACCACCAGUCCCUUCCACUAUGAUUGGCAUCGCCUGCGUGUGGCUGGGCUGGUGGUGGCUGCUGUCCUAUGUGUGAUGGGCAUCAUCAUCCUCCUCAGUGGGAAGUGCAAGUGUGGGAGCAAAGCCAGCCGCCGUUGUCCCCCCCCGGACUCCUCCCACCUCAUGGCUCAUGGAACCAGCAGCACGUGUUGAGGUGACCCCAUUGUCCCCAAUGGAUAUGGGGCAUAUAUGGGGGGGAUGGUCGUUUUGGGGUGAAACCCUCCGAAAACAGCAAGAAAUGGGACAUUGAGUAAAAAGUGAUGGUUUAAUGGG